UUCACUUCCAGCGCCAAAUUAAGAAAAAUUGAAAACCCUAGCCAACUAAGAAAACCAAAAAAAAAAGAGUUGUAGUAACAAGUAAGAGAGAGAGAGAGAGAGAGAGGCAGUCAACUAAAACAGACGGUGAACUCAUUUUGGCACAUGUCACGACGACUGACUAAUGUCAAUGUGUGUCUGUCAGAUCUAUCUCCCUUCUCCGUCGCCAUCCACCACCCACCAUUCAUUUCAAUCAAACUUAUGAUUUUUACCUGAUACAUCAAUAUUCAUCAACUGCCCAUCUUCAAAUUCAUGAGUACUUGUUGUUGUUGUUGUUGUGAGUUAAUGUAAAUCUCUCUCAUUCUUUGUUUGAUUUUGUUGAGGUUGCUGAACCAUGUCGGAAAUGCGGGUGUCUGACCCGAGCAAGCUCCACCUCAAGAAGGAGCUCACCCAAAUUCGAAAAGCUGCUCGUGUAUUGAGGGAUCCUGGCACAACAUCUUCCUGGAAAUCACCCCUCAGCUCCUCAAGAUCUGUAGCUGCAUGGAAGGACAGUGGGAGUACAAGGUUCACUGCCACUGCCAACCCCAAUUCUCAACUUGAUUCAGCACUGCCACCUUCUAUCAAUGAUAAAGACAAGAGGGUCUUCUUGUAUAACUGGAAGAAUUACAAAUCGUCUAGUGAAAAGAGUGGAGUGCCCAAGUACAAUGUGGAGGAAGAAGAACAAGAAGAAGAAGAUGAAGAUGGCGAUGGAUCUUCUUCACUUCUGGGAAGUUUUGAGGACAGCUUGAGUGACGCACGCAAUGCUUGUGAUUUGAAGAGUGAUGCUGGGACUCGCGCUUCCAUUUUCCUCUGUGGGGAUGCAAAUCCUGUUUCCAAGGGCACACCUGCUGCCAGAAGAACUACCCCUAUGAAGAAAAAGAGUAAGAAAACCAACCCUCAUCUUGAUUUUUUAGCAGCAAAACACCAGCAUAAUAGACAAACCAAUCUAGGUAGAAAACUUGUGAGCUCCAACUCCAAGCCAUUGCUAGAGGGGCGUCCUUCCAUGCCUUUUUUCACCAGGGAUGACUUGGUUGAGCACUCUGAUGAUACUGAAGAUUACUGUCAUUCGGAGGAUGUAAGAGGGGUUUCCGGGGCCUCUCCUUUGCUUGCCAAACUCAAGAACAAGAAUUGGUCUCGUUCUUCCUCCAAGUUGUUGAGAAGAAGCCGGAAAGAGGACUCUUCUUAUUCAUAUAGUACCCCUGCAUUGUCAACCAGUUCUUACAAUAGGUACUGUGGUCACCGUGAUCCAAGCACUGUUGGAUCCUGGGAUGGUACCACAACCUCAAUGAACGAUGGUGAUGAUGAGAUUGAUGAUCAUUUGGAUUUGCCUGGCCGCCAAGGAUGCGGAAUUCCUUGCUAUUGGUCAAAGAGGACACCCAAACACAGAGGGGCGUGUGGGAGGUGUUAUUCUCCUUCACUGUCAGACACUUUGAGGAGGAAGGGAAGCAGCAUGCUAUGUGGAAGUCAAACUUUUUAUCCAAACCACAGGAGAUCCUUUUCAGCCUCCAACAAGCGGAGAAUUUCUUCAAGGAGUGCUCAAGGUGUUCUUCCAUUGCUCACCAACAGUGGCGAUGUUAGAGAAGGGUCAUCUAUAGGAACUGGUAGGAGUGAUGAUGAACUUUCUACAAACUUUGGGGAGCUUGAUCUUGAGGGCUUGAGCCGACUGGAUGGAAGAAGGUGGUCGACAAGUUGUAGGAGUCAAGAAGGAUUGGAGAUUGUAGCUCUCAACGGGGAAGGGGAGGAUGGAAGCACGCCAGAUAACAGUCGGAGUUUCAGCCAGAAGUAUAAACCUAUGUUCUUUGGUGAGCUGAUUGGGCAAAAUAUUGUGGUUCAGUCACUUAUCAAUGCUGUUUCAAGGGGCCGAAUUGCUCCAGUAUAUCUGUUUCAAGGUCCCCGUGGGACUGGUAAAACAUCAACAGCUAGGAUAUUUGCUGCUGCCUUGAAUUGUGUGGCUUCUGAUGAGAGUAAUAAGCCUUGUGGCUACUGCAGGGAAUGCACUGAUUUCAUUUCUGGCAAGAGCAGUGAUCUCGUGGAAGUUGAUGGAACUAAUAAGAGGGGAAUCGAUAAAGCUAGAUAUCUUCUGAAAAGACUGUCAAUUGGGUCUUCAUCCUCCUCCUCACGAUAUACAGUUUUUGUUUUUGAUGAGUGUCACUUGUUACCCUCCAAGACAUGGCUGGGAUUACUCAAGUUUCUGGAAGAACCACCUCAGCGAGUUGUAUUCAUAUUUAUAACAUCUGAUCUUGACAAUGUGCCACGGACAAUACAAUCUCGAUGCCAAAAGUACCUUUUUAAUAAAAUUAAAGAUGGGGAUAUUGUGAUCAGGUUGAGGAAAAUAUCGACUCAGGAGAGCCUCGAUGUUGAAACAGAUGCACUGGACCUCAUUGCUAUGAAUGCAGAUGGUUCACUUCGAGAUGCAGAAACAAUGUUAGAGCAGCUUAGUUUGCUAGGAAAAAGAAUUACCACUUCUCUUGUCAAUGAACUUGUGGGAGUUGUUUCAGAUGAAAAACUAUUGGAACUUUUGGAGUUAGCAAUGUCAUCAGACAAUGCAGAGACAGUGAAAAGAGCCAGAGAAUUGAUGGACUCUGGGGUUGAUCCAAUGGUUUUAAUGUCUCAACUAGCUGGCCUUAUUAUGGACAUUAUUGCUGGAUCGUAUACUGUCGUUGAUGUCAAACCUGAUGAUUCACACUUUGGCGGACGUAGUUUGAAUGAAUCAGAGUUGGAGAGGUUAAAGAAUGCUUUGAAGCUUCUCUCAGAGGCUGAGAAACAGUUAAGAACAUCCAGUGAACGCACAACAUGGUUCACAGCGACUCUAUUACAGCUUGGUUCUAUACCUUCUCCAGAUCUUACUCAGUCAGGCACCAGUAGGAGGCAGAGCAGCAGCAAGACAACUGAAGAUGAUCCAUCAAGUGCUUCUAGAGAUGUUACUUCUUUCAAGCAGAAGUCAGACCUAUCCCCCGCAUCACAUCUAAAAGCAGCAAACGGAAGUUCCGUCCAUCAAAAGGUUAUAUCCUCAAGGAUUGAUGGUUUCAUCAAGAGACCGAAGCCGUCAAAUAGCCCUGCUAGCUCCACAGUGGUCUCAUCUGAUGAUCUUAUUGUUGGGAAUGCAAUGUUUAGAUGCAUAGAUUCAGGGCAGUUAGGUGACAUUUGGGCACAUUGUAUUGAGAGGUGUCACUCUAAGACAUUAAGGCAGCUGCUACACAAUCAUGGAAAGCUUGUGUCCUUAUGUGAAGUUGAAGGUGUUCUGGCAGCAUAUGUUGCAUUUGGGGAUGGAGACAUUAAACUUAGGGCUGAGAGGUUUUUAAGAAGCAUUACAAACUCCAUGGAAAUGGUUCUUAGACGCAAUGUGGAGGUCAGAAUUAUCCACUUGCCAGAUGAAGGUGAAAUUCAGAUUAAUCCACCGGGUGAAAACCAGGCAGAGUCAAAAAUGGCAAGUGCGAAGGAACAAAGACGAGGUCAUAUGAAUGGAACAGAGUCUUAUUCUAAUUUGCCUCCUGUACUGGAUGGAAAACUUCAAUCUGCCACUAGUUCAUCAGAUAUUCGGGCUGAAGGAAAUGUUACGAGAGAGAGGAGACAGGAUAAUCCAAUGCAGCGAAUUGAGUCCAUCAUUCGGGAACAAAGGUUGGAAACUGCCUGGUUACAGGCUGUUGAAAAAGGUUCCCCUGGAUCAUUGAGUCGUCUGAGACCUGAGAAGAAUCAGGUCCUGCCGCAGGAUGGCAUCUACUGCGUAGACCCGAAGGAGCCCAUGGAUUCAACUAGAUUUUCCUCUCAUCAGCAUUGGGAAGAUGACCUCAAUAAUAGUUUGAAAGCAUUGAGUAUUAAAAAUGGAAGGGUCCUGCAGAAGGAUCAGAUUAGUAAAAGGGCAGAUCAUUAUCCUAUGUCCCCAAGUUUAUUGCAUGACAACAGUUUAGCAACAAUUUCUGGAAAAGAUAAUCUGGGAUAUGAGUCCAGCUCCAGACCAGGAGGUUGUGGAUUUUUAUGUUGGAACAAGUCCAAGACUAAAAGGGUAGUUAAGGUGAAAGGCACCCCAGUUAGAGCGCGUAAAGCUGGUUGUUUAACGUUGUUUGGUGAAUGUGGUGGUAAGACAAAGAAAAAGGAGCGGAGAAGAUAAGGUGGUUGGUUUAUCCGGCAUUGGAUAUUUUCUUUCUUAUUUUUUCCCCACAAUUUUUCUAUGUUUUUUUUUCCUCGAUCUAUUUUUGUAAGAUCGGCUAAUUCAAAGAAAGGCAUCCAUCCGGUCCGAAGUUGUCGGAACGAAUCGUUUGCUUUAUCGAACAAAGCUUUAUUUUUUUAGGGAGUCGCGAUUCUUCAAGGAUGUGAGAGUGAAAUGUGAAGGUUAUGUAGUUCAGCAACUUGUGUGAUCCUUUUGCUCCAUCCUUUAUUCACGGAAGUAAUAAAGAGGAACUUUGAAACA